GUGGACGAGUAUUUCGCUCAUCCAGGGUUCACUGGACAAUACGAAUAUGACAUCAUGUUACUGAAGUUGAAAAAGAAAGCCAAACUCAGUAAGAACGUGAAGACCAUCGGCCUGCCUGAAGGAAAAACAUCAGCUAACAUGAAAUGUGCUGUGGCCGGCUGGGGAUGGACUACAGCUCAUGACUGUCCCUCAAAUGUGUUAAAGGAAGCCACAGAGAACAUAGAGGCCACGUCUAACUGUGAAAACAUUUGGCAACAAUAUUUUAAUUCUGAUCACAUGAUUUGCACCAACUUUACCAAAAGGAGUGGAGGCGUCUGCCGGGGAGACUCUGGUGGACCACUCAUCUGCAAGAAUAAGCUUCAAGGUGUAACAGCUUACACCUCACCAGAGGACUGCACUGAUCUCAGCUACCCCCACGUGUUCACUAAAGUCCGUUUCUUCAUCCCCUGGAUCAAGGAAACAAUGAAAAAGUAAAGGAUUUU